UCAGAGGUAAAGAAGUCAUGGCGGCGCUGUGUCGGACCCGUGCUGUGGCUGCCGAGAGCCAUUUUCUGCGAGUGUUUCUCUUCUCCAGGCCCUUUCGGGGCGUAGGCACUGAGAGUGGAUCCGAAAGUGGUAGUUCCAAUGCCAAGGAGCCUAAGACGCGCGUAGGCGGUUUCGCGAGCGCGUUGGAGCGGCACUCGGAGCUUCUGCAGAAGGUGGAGCCCGGGCGGGGUUCUCCAAAAAAUGUGGAAUCCUUUGCAUCUAUGCUGAGACGUUCUCCUCUUACACAGAUGGGACCUGCAAAGGAUAAACUGGUCAUUGGACGGAUCUUUCAUAUUGUGGGGAAUGAUCUUUACAUAGAUUUUGGUGGAAAGUUUCAUUGUGUAUGUAGAAGACCAGAAGUGGAUGGAGAAUUUGGAAUUUAUACCCCAGCCUGUAAGACUAAUGUCAGAAACAAAUUUGGAAAUACCAGAAAGGAACCAGGGUCCGGUUGCGACUAUUAGAUCUUGAACUUACGUCUAGGUUCCUGGGAGCAACAACAGAUACAACUGUACUAGAGGCUGAUGCAGUUCUCUUAGGAAUCCAGGAGAGUAAAGACUCAAGAUCAAAAGAAGAACAUCAUGAAAAAUAAAUGAACUUUGCUUAGUGGAUUGACUCCUUUGCUGAAGUCAGGUAUUCAUCAAGAAUGCAAUUAGUGAAUAAAUGAUUGAAUGAAGAUAUAAUAAAUAAAAGCUAUAAUUAUAGGUAACUCUUAGUAGAAUUUUCUUUAGCAAUAUUCCCGCCCCCCCACCCUUUGUUUUGCCCUUAAUGUUUUUUUCCUUUGGCGGGGAUAGUAUACACUGUACUAAGAAAUUGUCAUUCAAUAAAUACGUUUUGAGUGCUGUCUA